GGGGAAGUCGUCAGGAUGCAUCGGGAUUUGAUGGUACCCUCGGACGAGGUCUACCUUGGAGAAGAUCCGUGCGCCGUGCAGGUUUGCUGCAAAGUCCUGAAUGUGCGGCACAGGGUAGCGGUCCGGUGUGGUAGCCUCGUUCAGCCUGCGGUAGUCGCCGCACGGUCUCCAGCCCCCCGUCGCUUUGGGCACCAUGUGCCGGGGGGAAGCCCAGGGGCUGUCGGACCGCCGGAUGAUCCCCAAUUCCUCCAUCCUCUGGAACUCCUCCUUCGCCAGUCGGAGCUUGUCCAGGGGAAGCCGCCGAGCAUGGGCAUGGAGGGGUGGUCCCUGGGUCGGGAUGUGGUGCUGUACGCCGUGCCUGGGCAUGGCCGCUGUGAACUGCCGUGCCAGAACCGAUGGGAAAUCCGCCAGGACCCUGGUGAAGUCGUUGUCGGACAGUGUGAUGGAGCCGAGGUGCAAGAUUGGGGAGAUGAGACUGACUGUACAGCUCCGCGGAGGCAGCCUCAUCUACAGGUGAGGUGUCUCUGGGAUUCGGUGAAGAAAGCCACCUUUAUCCUGGGAUCUGGACUCUUUGUGUUUGCAGCAUUUCGGAAUUCACUGACUUGGCACUUGCAACAAUUCUGGGGAGCAUCCGGGGAUUUCUGGCAGUCACAGUGGGGAAAAGCGUACAACUUUUUCCAAGGCAAUGAAUGGGUUCUCUUCAUUCUCGGUGCUAUGGUAAUCCCAACCAUCGCUUUCUGGUUGGUGAAUGGACUUCUAUUGAUAGUGGAUGUCACUGGGAAACCACAGCUGAUUACACGUUACAGGAUUCAAGCAGGGAAGACUGACCCGGUGGAGUCAGCAAAGCUACUGAUGGCCAUUCGGACAGUGGUGUUUAACCAGGUUUUCCUGUCCUUUCCCAUGAUUCUGCUGCUGUACCCCAUCAUGGAAUGGAGGGGUAACCUGUGUGGGCCUGAGCUGCCCACCUUCCACUGGGUGCUAUUUGAGCUCUGCUUCCUCGGCCUGCUCGAGGAGGUCUUCUUCUAUUAUUCCCACAGGUUAUUCCAUCAGCCAACACUUUACAAAUAUAUUCACAAGAAGCACCAUGAAUGGACGGCACCAAUUGGAAUAAUCGCCUUGUAUGCCCAUCCAGUUGAGCAUGUGUUCUCCAACAUGCUUCCACCGAUGAUUGGCCCAAUCCUGCUGCGAUCCCACUUGGCAACUGUAACGUUGUGGUUUUCCUUGGCACUGUUAAUCUCCACCAUUUCUCACUGCGGAUACCAUCUCCCGCUGAUGCCUUCUCCAGAAUUCCAUGAUUUCCAUCACCUACGAUUUAACCAGUGUUUUGGGGUGCUGGGAGUCUUGGAUCGCUUACACCAGACUGACACAGUGUUCCGAGCAAGCAAACAAUAUGAGCGCCACACACUUCUGCUUGGUCUUGUUCCUUUAUCUGAGACCAUUCCUGAUUCCCCCAAAAGAAAAUGAAACUACUCAGAAUCAUUGAGACCAGCUUUGUAAUCUUUAAAAUUUAACCCUUUGAUUGUGGUUUGAUUUUAUCAUAAACUCAAGAUUUUGAUUCUCUCAAUCUCAACUGCUGUCGAACAAGAGCCACAUAGAACUGUAGUCACUAUUAACUGAUGUGGUAGGGGGUGGAAGAGAAGGAAUUCUUUUUAAUUAUUCACUGUGAAAUUUUAGUAAACAAUAUGGUAGAGGGAAAAGUUUUUGGCAGUUGAGGAUAACAUCAAUUUAGCACUUUUAAAAAGGUCCAAUUCGUCCUAUUUGUAACCAUGGGAUAAUUAAUAUUGAGAGGCUGAGAUCUCAUUCUGAUAAAGGUGGACUUGCUAUU